CUUCGGGCAGCCGCGACUUCGGCUUCGCGACUAGCAUUGGCUCCUUGGGUUUAUUUGGUUUUCCUCUCUUCUCCCCCUUAGCCGCCCCUUUCGUGCUGCGCUCUAGCGUGCUCUCCCAGCCUUUUUGCCUUGAACUGAAUGCAGGUGGGAAACAGGUCGGCGUGCUGAAAGACACCGAGUAGGUAGAAAUAAGGCAAACUCACAGAGGCGCAACAGGUUCGGUCCUCCGUGGCCAGGGCGAGCCGCGGCCCCGCGCCGUGCCUCGGUAGCCGUCCCUCGGACCCUGAGCGACCGCUGUCGGGGACCUCGGAAGAGGUGUCUGUCCUCUGGGAGUCGGAAGAGCUGUCUGGGUGGGCUUCGUCUUGCUUUUUACCCCACCGCCACCCGGUCCCCGGUCUGAGGGUCCUUUUCACUUCCAGCUGGGAGGAGAGAAGAAAGCGGGGAUAGUGCACGCCUGCGGGUCUGGACGCUGAGCAAGGCAGGGGAUUAUUUAAGGUGUAGAGGGUGGGAAGCGAAGCCGAGACGGCCGACCCCGCCACGAUGCUGCUGAAGAAGCACGCAGGAAAAGGAGGGGCCCGGGAGCCCGGAUCCGAGGACUCUAGCCCUGCCGAGCAGCAUUGUGCCCGGACCAUGUCACCGUGCGCCUUCCUGGCGGCUCUUCUGUCAGUGGUGGCCGUGGUGUCUUGCCUGUACCUGGGUGUGAAAACCAACAACCUCCAGGCGAGGAUCGCCGCUCUCGAAUCCGCCAAAGGGGCCCCUUCCAUUCAUCUGCUGCCUGAUACCCUGGAUCAGCUCAAGGCUAUGGUGCAAGAGAAAGUGGAGCGACUUCUGGCUCAGAAAUCCUAUGAACAUAUGGCUAAAAUAAGAAUCGCAAGAGAAGCACCUUCAGAAUGUAACUGCCCAGCAGGCCCUCCAGGGAAACGAGGUAAGAGAGGCCGAAGAGGAGAAUCUGGUCCUCCUGGUCAGCCUGGGCCUCAGGGCCCUCCUGGUCCAAAAGGUGAUAAGGGAGAACAAGGUGAUCAGGGACCUCGGAUGGUGUUUCCUAAAAUCAAUCAUGGGUUUCUCUCUGCUGAUCAGCAGCUCAUUAAACGCCGCCUGAUUAAGGGUGACCAAGGACAGGCAGGGCCUCCAGGACCCCCCGGCCCUCCAGGCCCAAGAGGGCCACCUGGGGACACAGGGAAAGAUGGCCCCCGUGGAAUGCCAGGAGUACCUGGUGAACCAGGAAAACCAGGAGAACAAGGCUUGAUGGGUCCUCUAGGGCCUCCAGGACAAAAGGGUUCUAUUGGAGCACCUGGAAUUCCAGGGAUGAAUGGGCAAAAGGGUGAGCCCGGGUUGCCUGGAGCAGUAGGACAGAAUGGAAUACCAGGACCAAAGGGAGAACCUGGAGAACAAGGUGAAAAGGGAGACGCUGGAGAGAACGGCCCCAAAGGUGACACAGGCGAAAAGGGUGACCCUGGAUCAUCUGCUGCAGGAAUUAAGGGAGAACCUGGAGAAUCUGGUCGUCCAGGGCAAAAGGGUGAACCAGGGCUUCCUGGGCUUCCUGGACUUCCGGGGAUAAAGGGAGAACCAGGUUUCAUUGGUCCUCAAGGAGAACCAGGCUUACCAGGUUUACCAGGAACAAAAGGUGAACGGGGGGAAGCAGGACCUCCUGGAAGAGGUGAGCGAGGGGAACCCGGAGCCCCCGGACCAAAGGGGAAACAAGGUGAAUCAGGAAGUAGAGGCCCAAAGGGGUCAAAGGGGGAUCGUGGAGACAAAGGGGACUCUGGAGCUCAGGGACCAAGGGGUCCACCUGGUCAAAAAGGGGAUCAAGGAGCCACUGAGAUCAUAGACUACAAUGGCAACCUCCACGAAGCCUUACAGAGGAUUACCACCUUAACUGUCACGGGUCCUCCUGGGCCUCCUGGACCUCAAGGACUACAAGGGCCAAAGGGAGAGCAAGGAUCUCCAGGAAUCCCAGGAAUGGAUGGAGAGCAGGGACUCAAAGGCUCAAAGGGAGACAUGGGGGACCCAGGUAUGACAGGCGAAAAAGGAGGAAUUGGACUUCCUGGAUUACCGGGAGCCAAUGGAAUGAAAGGAGAAAAAGGAGAUUCUGGAAUGCCAGGUCCACAGGGUCCUUCUAUCAUAGGCCCACCAGGCCCACCAGGUCCCCAUGGCCCACCUGGCCCCAUGGGACCUCAUGGACUUCCUGGACCAAAGGGAACAGAUGGUCCUAUGGGACCCCAUGGCCCUGCAGGUCCCAAAGGAGAAAGAGGUGAAAAAGGAGCUAUGGGAGAGCCUGGACCAAGAGGGCCCUAUGGGCUGCCUGGGAAAGAUGGAGAGCCUGGUCUUGAUGGCUUCCCUGGUCCACGGGGUGAGAAGGGCGAUCUAGGAGAAAAGGGAGAAAAGGGAUUCCGUGGCGUUAAGGGGGAAAAAGGGGAGCCAGGCCAGCCUGGCCUGGAUGGGCUGGAUGCCCCUUGCCAAUUGGGGCCAGAUGGCUUACCCAUGCCUGGCUGUUGGCAAAAGUGAUGAAUCUAACCUUUCAAGCAUGAAGUUGUGUAUAUAAUGGUCCUCUUUUAAUAUUUAUAGUUGAAAACUGAAUUGCAGAUUUUACAAGUCUGAGAUAUGUUUACAUAGGGCUGCUUCUUCCUGCUGGCAAUAGUAUACAUGUCCAUUUUUACUCCACUUACAUCUGAAAUUGGGCAAUUUGUGAAAUCAGUGAGAAACCUGCAAAAAAUAUAGAUCAGUAUCUCUUUAUCUUAUGUGAAGAUACGUAUUUAUAUGGACAAAUCAGUGGUAGAUAAUGAUUGAUUGUACUAGCUAUUUUCCUUCUUCGGGCUUGCUAAUUGCAUGGACAAAAAGUGCCAUGAAAUAGUUUACAUGAAAUGGUGACCAAAUAUGGGCUCAAAGCUAUGAAAAUGUACUAUACUGACUGAUUUGAGAGUUGAUUAUCACAUUCCUAUUCACCUUUCGUGUUGGCGUUGACUCAUACCUACACUACCCAUUGAAAUUGACUAAAAAAGCAUGACUGUGUGCCAAACCUGCUUGCUGUGCAACUUCAGAUGCUAGCAUGCUGAUCACAAGUCCUUUGAUUACAUCUGAGCUUUUAUUCCUUUUGUCAUCUCAAGGGGGUUACACCAUGGCUUAUUGCCAAAAAGAGAUAAGGUGGUGGAGAGCACACACACAAUUUGUCUUGUAUUUUGAGGGAGUUGCAGUCCUGACUGCAGAUCUUCAGCUUCCAGUAUUGUGGGCUCACGUGGCCACUUUGGUUGAAAUACGAAGGGGUUGAGCCUGUUGCUGCCGCCAGUUUUCCUUGGGCUGCCCUUGGCAGUGAAGACACGGGAAGAGGACCGAUUCAGCCUCCAGCACUGUCUCUCGUGUGACCAAGUAGGAAAGAGGUUUACAAAUGCAAACAUGCAGAACCAGACUUAAAAAUAUAUAUAUAAAUAAACUGAAUUUCAGCAAGUGUUAAUAUGGGUGCUUUUAAAAAUGACAGAGGCACAGCGCUUCUUUUGGAAUAGGAGAUUCUUGGAAUGGGAGCCCUUUUCCCUGAGGAAACAGGGAUGUGCAUCCCACCAAAACUUGGGUUACUGAAGAAAUAACAUGUUCUGAGAAGGGAUCAGCCAAAAUCACCUUUCCUGAUGAUGUAGGAGAGCUUACUGGGACAUCUGUGCCAAAGUUGUUGUGAGAGCUUUCCUUCCUCCAAAGAUCCAACCCAUGUCAAACAUUUCCUACAAAGUUUGAGAAACAGAAAGGUAUUUUUCAUUCUUUUUAAUGCUUUUUCCUUUUUCUUUCUUUAGUCCCAGGAAUAUUGAAAAAAUAUUCAUUUCAGUUUUUGUCACAUAUGUUUUGAACAAUUUUUUUAAGAAGACUUCAAAUCAUAAUAAUUUGGCUCCGAUGGUCAAAAUGACCUUUUACUAACUUCUCUCUUGUUUUGGAUAAUUGCAUAGAGUAUAAAAUAAGCUCCACUUUCAGUCUAAUCAUUGUAAAGCAUGAAAGUUACACAUUUUUAAGUAUGUUUUGACUUUCUUUACAUGAUGAAUGUAACGUACAUGGAGAUUAUCAGUUAAUAUAAAGCCAAGAUUUUGUCACAUUUGAUAAUAUUAAUUUCUGUUUUUAUGGUUUUAAGUUUUGUCUAUAUUUAGAUUUCUUUCUUUUUAACAUUUCUAAAUGUUUGUCUUAUCCUCAUAUCCACAGACCAAAUCUAAGAUCUCAGAAAGCUGUGAAAUAUAGUUGCCAUAAAGAGAGUAUUUUUCAUCUACUUGCUCAAACUUUACCUAAACGUAUUAGACGGAACAUUUAUUUGCACAGUAAAGAGUUGGUAGCGUGUUUUGAAAUGGCUUAUUCUAAGUGGAAGUGUUACAUUAAAAGAAACAUUAUCAAUGAGGAGUAGGCACCCUUUCAGCCCAUUAGAGAAUUUAAUUUCUCUCCUGACUCGAUGCCGUCUUCUGGGAAGAUUUCUAGUUUCACGCAUAGGUGUCACCACCAGAAGGGAAAUUAACUCAUCACUGGCUUAUAGUUAAGAUAUAACCAUAAGACAAGAAACCUAAAAUCCUCAUGAUCUCAUUUAUGUUAUGUAACCAAAUGACGGUCAUACAAAAUGGCAUCUUCUUUUUUUUUCUAUUAAAUUUUUAAAGUUGAAAGAUGUUUAAACUAUUAGAUCAGUCUAAUUGGUAACAUCUCUGGUAACAUUCCACACCGCUAAGCCAGUUUAGCAUUUUGAAAAUAAUGGAGGGCAUUUUCUAACAAUUUCUUGUAUGGCAUGGUGUUAGGAUAAGGUAUUGCUCAAUGUCUGACACAAUUUGUCUUAAAUGGUUUGGAAAAAUGAACUGAAGUGGGUGGAACGACAUUCUCUUCAGGAAAACAAACUACAAUGUCCAGUGGCUGUAUUUUUUCCCUUCUAUCUUUUUUUCUGCUUCUCUAGUAGAAAGAGGUGGAUUGAGAUGGAUCACUAUUUAAAACUUGCACAGCUUCAGGAGAUGAUACCUCUACAUCAAAAGAAAAACACUUUAUGUACAAAAAAUUUGUUUUGAAAUACAGCCCUUCAAAGAAUACUGUUCUGUCCUGUGUGUAUAUUGAGUUUUUUCUCUAUAACUGAUUUCACAACAUCGACUUAUUUCAUGAUUAAAUGAGGUUAUAAACUUCCAUUACAUUUAUUUCCUUGGGAAAAACAAAGGGAUGACGAUACUCCUUGUUCAGUGGAAUUGCUAGGUCUUAACCAUAAUGGAUAAUCUUUAACUUUCGGUUACUACAAUGUUUUCAAGCAUCCAUUUUGUCAUCAAUAUAGAGAAUUCUUAAAUAAUUUCUAAAUGAAUGAAAGAAUUGUGUUUGUUGAUAUGUGUUGAUAGAUAAUAUACUUUCCUUAAAGAUUUCUUUAAUGUAUGUUAUUGGAUAGAGGGUUGAGAAAAUAUACAUGAAAGACACAUUGGAAAUAAGGCAAGGUCAGUUUCUAUUUCCGAUAAAACAUUAAAAGAUGGCAAAUUGAUAUGUGUUUUAGAUUUAAAAUUGUUUUUCAUGUAUGUUGGUUGGUGCUAAUGUAUUUCUUUUCCUUUUUCUCUAUGGACAAUGCAACUACUAUGGAUAAUUUUAUUUCCCUGUUUAAUAGCAUUCCUAAAUCAUUAGUGUGUGAUUUUAUUUUUAAAGUUCAUGAAUUUGCUAUAAUUAUGGUCCAAUGACCAGGCUUUCUUAAUGUAAAACAAAACAGUGUACCUAUAGAUGGAUGAUGUGUGUUUACUCGGAUCAUGGAUCCUCCUCUUUCAUAGUCAUUUCAUACAUCAUAUGCCUUUAUCUACUUUCAUGUGUCUCAUCUUUUUCAUUCACUCAUCUUUUAGUUUAUAUGAUUUGAUGAAACAUGACAAAGCUAGCAUUAGAGAAGUUUGCACACACCUUAUA